UUAGAGCCGGCGGCGGUUUCUGUAGGUGAAAAAGUCGUUGCAAGUUGUAGUGCGUGCUUCAUGUGGUCUCGGAAGUGUUUUGAGAAUGAUUCACGCACUCUAGUUUUAUAAUGUUCACUUACUCCAAGAGAUAUUUCCACGAACCUAUCGAAUUCAGCGGGACUGUGUUCUCUUUGCCAAUGUGACUUGCUAGCAAGCUAAAUCCCAUUCCCGUAAGCAGCAUAGUUGAAUAGCGAAGCCCUUUCUGGAAUCGGCUGCACGCAAUUUCUACGACUAAAGUUCGGCGAAGUUCAUGCGAGAGAAGCGGAUCUCCUGGCUGUAUGAGCGAUGUACUGAUGAGGAUAUCGUCAUCAGCUAAAAAUGAUUUGUGCUUGCCUAGAACAGCUUGCCCUGAGUAAUGGAACUCUAGUCUACUGUAACUACCCAAAAUGGCCUCCGGAGUGGACAUUGAAAAGUCGGACUUAGACUCGAUCAUCAAUGUCAUCGGGCUGUCUCCCAGCGACCCUCUCGACACCUUUGUUGAGAUGUGGUACCAGGUGUUCUUGUGGGCCCUGUUCUCUUCGCUUCUUGUCCACAUGGUGGCUGCUCUGGUAGCCUGCAGUGCGCUACGCAGACAGCGGAUCGGCCGCUUCACUCCUCUCCUUAUUCUCCUUAUGGGCUUUGUCACUCCUCUCACCUGUGGGGCUGUCACCAGUGCAGUUAUAGCAGGAGUGUACCGUACUGCCAGGCUUCACAUGAUGCCCUUUUAUGCACUCAUAUGGGGCUGUGGUCAAACUGUGUUUACUGUUGUCAUGUCUUAUACCCGUGUCCUGGCCACCCUGUAAGUGUUUGCCCUCUUCAAACAUGUUAUCACGCUUCCAAGAAGCCCUAUGCAGCAAUCACACGCAGCAUUUCUAUCCUCAGCAAAACAUUUUAUCUGUGCACUCGAACAUUAACGAUUGGGCACUGCUGCACACGUCGACGGAGGUUUGCUCUUUGUUAUUUCCUCGUGUAUUAUUUUCAGUUGCAGUUGUAAUACCUGACCUGAAUCAACAUAAAGGAUCACAAUUUUGUUGAAUGUAUGUUCUUAGGAGGUCUGUCAUAGUGUAUAUGGUUUUACCACUUCAAGGGUCAGGGUGUAGACAAAAUAUCUUCAGUUGGUUGAAACUGCAACGUAAUAUGCAUCACCAUUUGAUUUGUAUUUGGAAAUGAAACUUUCCAUAUUUUGCAUAAUUAUUUUGCUAAUCGGCAAGUGGCAGAUUUCAUAGGACCCACACAGUUUUUAAGAGGGAUGUACAUGUGUGGCUUUAUUGAUGUUCAGUUAAAAGCUGUCUUUUUGUAUCAGCAGUACAGAUGAUAAAUCUUUUAUAAGAGUUUUUCACGUGAAGAUGGAAAUCUUCUUUUGCAACAAUUCUUCAUACGAUGUACAGUUUUGAAAUGAAAUUGAAUGGAUGGAUUAUUGUAACUAUGAUGAGCAUGGUACGAGGAAGGGAAGAAGGCAACAUUUUCCUGAGCAUGAGGUGAUGGAGCGCAACAAGGUGGACACCACGUGCUGUCUAUAUUGUUCUUUUGCCCUUCAGACUCGAGGAAAUUAUCCUUUCCUCGAUGUAACUACUUGUACGAAAGUGCAUUGCUACAAAAUUUAACAGAAUAUGUUUCACCUUGUAGGAACUCAAAAAUAGAUGCGUAUGUUCCUAGGUACAGUGCCUGUGUACACAGUGAUAAGAAACUGAACACACAGGGAGAAUGUUUGUUGCUUGCAGGUUGUACACUUUAUUUAGGGUGUGUCAUAUGCCGUAGGUGCUUGUGACUAAGAACUGUACGGGUGAAUUCCGAGGCUGAUCAAAGUGCCCCUGUCCACUAUCAGAUGGGAUAGGCGAACAUUAGUGUUUAUGCUAAAAUAAUGUAUUUGAUUAUGUGACCAAAUUGAGUUUGAUAUAUAUACUUCUUAGUACAUUUUCUUUAUAAACCUGAUGUCAACAGCCUGAUAUUCUGGUGUAGGAUUAUGGAAGAAAUCUGAAUUCCUGGAGAAAUGUAUGGAACUGAAACACACAACUGUGUGUGCUCAACUCACAUGUUCCAAAUCUGUUCUAUACGUGCAAGGUUGCCUUAUGAGAUUUUGUUUGUUUAGAUUUUGGUAUUUGGCCUUGCAACAGAUUAGUGGUACUAUAUGAAGUGCAUAUUAUAAAAGCAUCUUCAAAAUACUCCAUUACAGUGUUUCUCAUUAGUGUGGCCACAAAAACUAGAUGCUGGUUUACCAUCACUCAUGAAAUUUUGUGUUCCUUGACUAUAAGUGGAUGCGUAAAAUAUAUAUACGGCAAAAUAUUCACUUCUGAGUAGUAUUACAUUGACAUGAAUGUAGUGAAAUCCUAAGUACCUUGGGAGAAGCAAGAACAUGGCUCAUUUUUCUAAACAGCAGGUGUCGCAUGCAGUGUGAUGCCACAUACUGAAACCAGUGGCUAUUGCUUACAGUCGCAUAAAGUUGAGCAUUAAAAGGAUCCUUACUGUUGGAUCCAAUUCCAAUCUUGCAAUCAGUCAAAGCCCUCAUAUUAGGGACACUUUGUGAAUGAGUUGAGAUGCUUGUAAGGAUAAGGGAUGUUUCUGUUUAUUACACCUCUGUUGCACUAAUGUAAAAGUGACUAUUGCCUUAUGUGCCCUGAAGCUGACAGUCAAACUGACAUAAGAUCUAAAAAAGUAAGGUGAAAAUGCAGAUAUGCUUGCUGCUUAUUUAGAAACUUAAACAGGCAAAUGCUAUAAGUUGUGAGUUGUGCAUCAUCAUGUCUGUUUUGUUUUGCCUGUGCACCACGCAUCUUAACCUUAUGUUACCUUUAUUGGUGUGAGCACUCUCAAGUUCUUUAGUAACACAUUGUUAUGCUGUGAGUUGUCUCAAUUUUGCCAUUCCUCUUUGUUGUCUUACUUAUUAUUGCAGAACAAAUUUUUCACUUUGAGAUUAGGAAAAUCUUAGAAAGGGGUUUCAGUACAUAGGUGCAAAUACACCCUAAUACCUUAGGAAAUUGGGAACAAGAUAGUACUCUUACGUGCAGAUACAUUCUUUCGUAAAACCUCCUGUCUCCUCUGUCUACUUGCCUGUCAGCGGUAUUACUCAAGUACUAGGCUGCAUUCGUACAACCUUAAUUUAAUUAUUGUGGAGCUGAUAUUGUUGCAGCUUCGAUUUUCAUGAGCACAGCUUGUUCACGUUCUUCGUAUGAUGUAUCUGUUAGGCUUGUUUGACACUGUACACUUUCUGGUCACUAAUUGUUCUAGUCCUGCAUUUGCUAGUGUGGCUGACAAAGUGUAGGAUCCAGCAGGUCAUAUUGUAUAAUAUUCAAAUGUACAGUGCUCUCCACAAAGUGUGGAACUGUGUAAAUAUUGUACAUAAGUCUGUUUAUAGUCAGGGUGUGAGGUAUGUUGUAGAACAGCUAUUAUGUGCUUUUUUUGUGAAUACUGUAUAUAGUAAUUUGUGUACUGCUGUUAAGUGUCACGCGCAGCGUCAGCAGCAGUGAACCAAGAGUCAUUGUCAUUUAUUUUGUUGAAUAAAAAGACCAUUGUACA